CGACACGAAAACAAAUAAAUUACAUAGUCCGCAGUUAAUCCAUAAAUGCAGUGAUUUCGGCAUAUACAUGGAUAUGCACAAACAUCAUAUUACUUUCAUGCAGCGUCGAAGUGAAAUACGAAAAUAAAUUGAUUGCCAUUAUUAAUAUUUUACUUGGAUUUAAAUUGGAAAAUUAAGAAAAAAUGAGUUUGUCUACAUUAAUACCUAGUGCACAACAUGAAACACUAGUUUCUAAAUUUUUACAAAAGUGUGGUGGGCAGAAGGAAUGUCUACUGACGAGAGAAAUGUUGGCGGACUUUGCUGGUGUCGACUCUAAAUUCCACACCGACCGACUGUUCUCUCUUAUUAACCAGCACAAUGGAAAGGACACUAUCACAUUUGCAGAUUUCAUGUCAUUUGUUGGGAAAUAUUCUGAUAUGGAUGAGAAUUCAAAGACGGAAUUGCUCUUUCGUAUUUACGACACCAAUGGAGACGGUUGUUUGACCAAGAAGGAGAUUGUGGACAUGUUGCGGGUGUCGAUGAAGGAGAACAACCUUGUUUUGGAUGACACUCUAUUGGAUAACUUGGGUACUACCCUGUUGGAAGAAGGACUUGGGCCAGAUGAGGCAUUUCGAGACGGUUCGGUACUCAAAUUGGAAGAUUUCCGAAGAUUAUUUGCAGGGCAUAAGGAGCUUAUACAAAACUUAUCAACCCUGAUUGAGAAGUGGCUGCAACCAAUACCUCAAAAGAAAAGGCCUUCUGCUUUUGGUGUUCCAUGCAGUAAAAAAUGCCACAACCUAUUCUACUGGAUGGGCAACAAUGUAACAUAUUUGUGCUGGGUGUCCGCCUUCUACGUUUUAAACGUAGCAUUAUUUGUCGGGAGAAUAUUCAAAUAUUUUGGCGACGAUGGACCGAAUGCACCAAUAUUUUUGGGAUUAGCGAGAGGAUUUGGUUGGUGUCUGGACUUUAGCAGUAGUUUCAUCCUAUUUACAAUGAUGCGUCAAGCGCUGACAAGAAUCAGAUCCACCCAUUUAAACAACAAUUUCAUCCCGAUCGACGAUCAUAAAGAGUUUCACCGAAUUAUUGGAAAGUUCAUUGUCUUUGCGAGCUUGGGCCAUGCCAUAGCACAUUUAAUACAUGUUGGUGUAGCAGUUGAGCAUGUCACGUUUUUCAACUUUAUGUUUGACAUGAGUGCAACAACCGCACUAGGCCUGAUUCCAGGAUUCGCCUAUAUCAGUGGCUUUGUCAUAGCGAUAAUCUUGCUAACAAUGUUUUUCUUUACGUUCUCAUUUGUUCGCAGGAACGGAUAUUUUCAUUUAUUCUACAUCAGCCAUAUCGUGGGCUACCCUCUCUACUACAUAUUCAUGAUAUUUCACAGCAAAAACUUUUGGAAAUGGUUCAUCUUCCCCGGAAUUGUAUUCAUUAUCGAACAGAUAUUCAGAAUCUACAAUAACUUUUGUCGGUUUCGAACCACGGUGAAAAUGGGCGUCAUUCUUCCGUCAAAGGUUACUAACCUUGUUCUCGAAAGACCACCAGGCUUCAAAUUUAAUCCCGGAGAUUAUAUGUUCAUUAACCUCCCACACUUGAGCAGGUUUGAAUGGCAUGCUUUCACGAUUAGCAGCGCACCAGAGAAUUUGGAUGAGCUAAGUCUCCACAUAAGAGCCGUGGGACCGUGGACUGAAAAUCUCUACAAUUUCUACAAUUACCUCAAACUGUCGACUAACUUUAAAGUUAUUCACCCUGACGGACGUCCAACAACAGGACGUGUUAAAUCUGCACUAGUAUAUUUACGGCACAGUAGCAAGAUCUCAAAGUCCGUCAAACGGACUGAGUCAGUUUUGGUAUCACGGAAACCAAGCACGGAUUCGACCGGUGCACCCACAGUUAAGAGAAGGUUUACCGUUUUGACGGCCAACAACUACCGCUACCAAGCACGAAGGCCAGAGUCGGUCAUAAUUGCGGAUAAUGAGGACAUAUUACAAAGAGGGGAACAAGGUCAGCGUCACAAACAUGAGUGCAUUGCCAAUGACGAAGCUCAAUCUCUGGAGAAAGAACAAGGACUUCCUGACGAGUACACGAAAGUGCAGGGAAAACCGAUACGGGCCUACAUUGACGGUCCAUAUGGCGCCCCUGCGAGCGAGAUAUUCCGUUCUGAACAUGCGGUGCUAAUUGGGGCGGGAAUUGGCGUGACACCCUUUGCCUCCAUUCUACAGUCGAUAAUGUACCGUCACUGGGAGGCAAAAAUUGGGUGUCCUUCGUGCAACUGCAAGUUUAGCAAUGGUUUUCAAGCUCAGGUAAAUCGAUUGAAGAAGGUGGAUUUCUUUUGGUUGAAUCCGGAGCAGAACGCUUUCUCCUGGUUUUUAAACCUCAUCUCCAAACUGGAGAUUGAACAGGAAGAGUUGGGCGGAGAAAUGGAGAGAUUUCUCGACGUUCACAUGUACAUGACGAGAGCUGUGAAGGGGACUGAAAUGAAGGCCGUCGCGUUACAGUUAGCGUUGGAUCUGUUUUAUGAAAAGAACAAGAGAGACUGCUUGGCCAAGUUAAAGACCAGGAUGAAUGCUGGCCGACCUGAUUGGGAGAAGGUUUUUACUAAAAUAAAGGAAAGCAAUCAUGGUGCUGUUUCUAUCUAUUUUUGCGGUCCUAAACCACUGGGAAAGCAGUUGGAGCAAUUGUGUUCAAAGUAUGACUUCGCAUUCAGGACGGAGACAUUUUAACUUGGAAAUCCACUACGCUUAUUUUUUUAGAAUUUGUAAACUUUAUCCAAUCAAUUUUUCAUGUUCAUAUAUAUAAAAUAAACCAAGACAAUAUAAAGCCUCAGCAGUCAGCUAAACUUUUAUUUACCCGUAACA